AUGCACAUUUCAGAUAAAAAGGGAUGUGUGGAUUUUUCUUUGUCCAACGGAAAAGUAGUGAAUGCUACUGGCUCUCGUCAAGGUGACACUCUCAAAGUAGAGUGCGAUAGCGCAAGUAAACUGGUUGGAUCCGCUCAGAUAACUUGUUAUUCGUCGGGUCACUGGAGUGACUAUCCUCGUUGUAUACCAAAACAAUGUGACGAUUAUGAAGCGCCUCAUAACGGAAAAAUUAAUGCUAUUUUCAAAAACAAGUCUAUCAACAUUGGUGCAACAGUACUUGUUACGUGUAAGGAUGGGUUUGUAAGGAAAGGAACUGAAACUGUUGUAUGUCAGAGUAAUGAAACAUGGUCGGAAAGCCCAUUUUGUGAGCCAGCCGAUUGCGGAUUUCCCCAGAGUAUCGAAAAUGGUGAAAUCAAGAACAUGACAGGAACAACAUAUAACAACACUUUUCUUGUUGUAUGCUCUCAUGGAUACAAAUUGACUGCAGUAUCAACUGUGAUUUGUGAACUAAAUGGAAUGUGGAGUGAAUUUCCGCUUUGUAAAUCUAUCGCUUGCGGCAUACCAGGCAUUCCGAAAUAUGGACAUAUCAAAGGUUUAAAUGGAACCAGUUUUAAUUCAACGGCCUCUCUGCAAUGCGAUGAAGGUUUCUUCAUGAGUGGAAGCCCUACUAUUAGUUGUAUGGCAAAUGGAAGUUGGACGGCUCUCCCAAAAUGUGAAAGAAUCGAAAACAAACAAGAUUGUGGUCUUCCUUCUAAUGUAACAAAUGGUAAAAUUAAACGACUGACGGGCACAAAAUACAACGACUCUUUCUCUGUAGAAUGCAUUGAUGACUAUAUAUUGGCAGGACAAGAAACUGUCAAAUGUGAUACUAAUGGAAACUGGACUCAUAUUCCAGCUUACUGCGGCACUCCAACAGUAGAAAAUGGCAUCAUACGAGGCUACACAGACGCAUCAUAUAGAAGUAUUGUAUACGUCACAUGCAAUGAAGGAUAUUCAUUAAUUUGUUUAAAUGCGGCACAGUGUGGCAGAGACAGCCAAUGGAGUUUACCUAUAUGUACACUUUCUAAAUGCGGGUUACCAGAUAUACCUGAAAAUGGCGCAAUCGACAGUAUGAACGGAACAACCUUAAAUAGAACUGCUACACUUGUGUGUCAGCUAGGGUUUUUAAUGAGUGGAAGAAACAUCGUUACAUGUCAUAGUCACGGCACAUGGACGAGGAGUCCAACAUGUAUACCAGUUAGUGACUGCUACGAUGUUUAUCUAGAUUCUAAUUAUGCGUCAUUAAGUGGAAUCUAUAAUGUCACUUUAUGGAAGUCUAAAGAGAAAAUACAGGUCUACUGCGAUAUGGACACAGACGGAGGCGGAUGA